GGAACUUCAGGUGUUUUAUUAAAAGAGCAGUGACAUCAGCGCACACAAGGAUCACCUGUGUCUUGAAUGGGUGGGCAGGGAUGCCAAAGAGUCUGCCCAUGUAGAGUUAACCCAACCGUUUUAUACAAUGCAAAGCAGGUACAAGCUAGUCGAUCCCGUCAGGUCAGUAGCUGAGCUUUGCUGUACGUGUUCUCUGAGGUGUUAUUCCCUUGUUAGGCAUUCUAUGUAUUAUCACUAUGAGGGGAGCGUGGACAAAGCGGCCAUUCUUUUUACUGGGGACCAUAGUGGGCCUCUUGUUUUUAGGCAUGUUUCUGAAGAACAGAUGCCAACCUGGUGUGGAUACCCAUAAAGAUUUGGACACACCGCGUAUGAUCAAAAGUUUAACCAACCUGGAGGCAAGCAUCAGCAAUCUAAACGAUGCACUCAGACGUUUUGAGAAAAAGCAGGAGGUCAUGCAGAAGAUGCUAGAAGAAGACAGCCACAGACACAGAAAAUCAGUAGAGGUCCAACAGCAAGCAGAGAAGCAAAAGGAAUGUGAUCCAAAUAUCCAAGCCCAAACCAAGGAGACCCAAAUGAAAAAGCCUAAGAAACUGUUCCCUAAGUCAUACUUGUUCAAGACAUGGGGGGAAGAUCUCUCUGAGGAUGACCAAAGAGAGGCUCAGAGCCUGUAUGAGAAGUAUGGGUACAAUGUUUAUCUGAGCGAUCGCCUCCCUCUGGAUCGACCUCUUCCAGAUACCAGAGAUCCUCGGUGUCUGAAAAAGAGUUACCCCAAGGACCUGCCGAGUCUCAGUGUGGUGCUCAUCUACCUGGAUGAAGCCCUGUCUGUUCUCCAAAGAGCCCUGCGCAGCAUCAUCGACCGCACUCCUAAAAACCUGCUGAAGGAGAUAAUAAUGGUGGACGACCAUAGUUCUAAUGAAAAUCUGAAGGGUGACCUUGACGUUUAUGUGAGGUUGCUUGAGCAGGAGAACCCUAAUCUCCGUAUUGUGAGAGUGAGGCACAGUGAGCAGAGAGGUCUCGCUCAUGCCAGAGCAUCCGGGUGGAGGGCUGCUACUGCUGACGUGGUGGCCAUCCUGGACGCACACAUUGAAGUCCAUGAGAUGUGGUAGGAACAUGGCAGAAAUAUAUGCUUUCAUUCACUUGUUUAGGUGUUUUAUUUUCUGUUAAUAGGAUAUUUCUAAUAGUUUAUUUAAUUAUAUUACAACAUUGCAGUAUAGAACACAUUUAUAUAUGAUAUUUAUGACAUAAAUAUCUUUACCAA